UUAAAAACAAAAAUCCAAGUACCUUUAGCCAGUCAAAAAUCUUUUCUUUUUCACAUAGUUAUUUGCCUUAUAUAAUCAUAUCUUCCACCUCUCUUUCCUCAUUCCUAUCAUCACUAAACACAUUCAAAAACCUCACCAUCUCCCCAUUUAAUUCCAUGUCCAAAAUAUUCAAAUUCUUGAUCAAGACCAAAACUUUACAAAGAUUUCACGAUCCCUUUUUCAAGUAGAUUAAAACCCAGUUCUUAUUAAUCAUUAUGAUCUUCUACAUUCAACAAUCUUGAAACCCAGCUUUUCUUGAUCACACAAUCCAGAAUCUUGCAAAAAGCAAAAAAAAAAUUAUACUAUAUUUUAUCUUUGUUUCGAAAAUGGAGAAAGUUGGAGUUUCCGAGAAGAAAACUGUGAUUACUGUGCUAACAGAGGGGAAGAAGCUCGCGAAUGAGCUGAAGAGGCAGCUCCACCCCACAAAAAAUCCAACAGAGGCAUGCGAUGUUUUGGUGGAGAGCAUUCUCUCCUCCUACGAGAAUGCAAUAACGCUUCUUGCUCUCAUCGAAAACGGCGGUUUUGAGCCGUCGAUUUCGAUCGAGGGCUCUCCCAGAAGUGAAGGGUCUGAUCACAACUCCAAGAAAAGGAAGACUAUGCCGAGAUGGAGUGAGCACGUGCGUAUUUCUUCUGGGGCAGGAGGUGAAGCCCAGCUUGAUGAUGGCUACAAUUGGAGGAAAUAUGGGCAGAAAGAGAUUUUGGGGGCUACUCAUCCAAGGGCGUAUUAUAGAUGCACUCAUCGCAACACGCAAGGGUGCUUGGCCACGAAGCAGGUGCAACGAGCAGACGAGGAUCCGACAGUCUUUGAGGUGAUAUACAGAGGGAAGCACAGCUGCAGGCAGGAGAGGCUGAGGCAGAGCAAAGAGAGGAAGGAACAAGAGAGCCUAGCGUGUUCCACACUCGUUAGCAACGGGCCGAGCCUCAUUAAAACUGAGAAGCGGGAUGUAAUUGAUUCCAAAGACGAGGAGGAUCUUCCUUCCUUCUCCUUCCCUUCCACUCCAAUUGAGUGUGAAAAUGUGGAGCCUCAGUUCUUCUCCGAGCCUAAUAGGUUCAUCACAAUGAGCUACUCGCCCUCCUCGUUCCUGUCCUCGGCCACCUCCGAGUCCUACUUCUCGCCAUCGCCAUGCCUUGUCAACGAUUUUGGCUUCGGCAACAGUUUGCAGAGCUCGGAAUCGGAUUUUGGUGAGAUAAUUUCAAAUCCAACACCAAUCACAGAUUUCUCAUUGGGAGAUUUGGACAUCUCCAUCGAUGAAGUGGAUUUUGAAUCUCACUUCCUCGACGAAUUCUUCUAGAGAUCUCAGAAUGCAGUUGUAAAUUGUUGAUAAAUUGAUAGCAGAAAGAGAUGAUGCUGACCAAGAGAGUUUUUGUUUUUUUUUUUCAAGAACUAGUGUAGAUUUUGCAAGAGUAACUUGUAAUCACUCUUUUUUCUUGUAUUCUCUCUAGUUGGCCAUUUUGAUUUUUCUCACAAGGUUUUAGUCCUGUUUGAACCUAGAGUUGGUGAUAUAAUAUUCUUGAAUUAAUAUUGA